AUGUUGAGUGCUAGGCUAUACCGUGGGAGUGUGAGGGGUGUUGCGCAGUUUGCGCGGGCUUCGAUUCCGAAGCAUGUGACGAAUGAGGCUGUGAAGCCGUUUAGCAAGGAUGCUGACAGCAAGGACUGGGAUUUGUUGCGGGCGUCGCUUAUGAAGUUCAAGAGCUCGUCGCUUGAAGUUCCGCUGGUUAUCAACGGGGAGCGUGUGUAUGCUGACCGGGGCCGUGCUGUCUUCGCGCAGACCAACCCUGCUAACCAUGAGCAAGUGUUGGCGAACGUAGCGCAGGCCACUCGCGAUGACAUUAAGAGUGCAAUUGGUGCUGCUAAGCAGGCCAAGGAGAAGUGGUACAACAUGCCGUUCUAUGACAGGGCUGCGAUAUUCAUGAAGGCAGCCGAUCUGAUCUCUACGAAGUACAGGUACGAUAUGCUGGCCGCUACCAUGCUGGGCCAAGGUAAGAACGUCUACCAAGCGGAGAUCGACUGUAUCACUGAGCUGUCAGACUUCUUCAGAUUUAACGUCAAGUAUGCGGACGAGUUGUACGCUACUCAGCCAAUUGAGUCAGUGCCCGGUAUUUGGAACAGGGCAGAGUACAGACCUUUGGAAGGCUUUGUGUAUGCGGUGUCUCCAUUCAACUUCACGGCUAUUGCCGCAAACCUGAUUGGUGCACCAGCUCUGAUGGGUAACACUGUGGUAUGGAAACCAUCUCAAACCGCUGCGCUAUCUAACUACCUGUUGCUGACUGUCUUGGAAGAAGCUGGUCUCCCCAAGGGUGUUAUUAACUUUGUGCCAGGUGACCCAGUAGAAAUUACAGAUGAAGUGUUGGCAAGCAGGGAUUUCUCCGCUUUGCACUUCACAGGCUCUACAGCAGUGUUCAAGCAACUGUACGGUAAGAUCCAAAGCGGCGUUGCCGAAAACAAAUACAGAGACUACCCACGUAUCGUUGGUGAAACAGGUGGUAAGAACUACCACUUGGUUCACCCUUCUGCCAAUGUUCCACACGCAGUCUUUAACACGAUCAGAGGUGCCUUUGAGUUCCAAGGCCAAAAAUGUUCUGCUACUUCUAGAUUGUACUUGCCAAAGUCCAUGAGCGAGGAAUUCUUCAGAGACAUGUUUGGCACGUUAAGCAACAAUAAGGUUGUUCCAGUUAACACUUCUGCUAGUGCCAUCAGCGGUGGUAACCUGCACGGAUUCAUGGGCCCGGUUAUCCACGAGCAAAGUUUCAACAAGCUAUCUGCUGCCAUCGAGGAAGCCAAGAAAGACCCUGAACUAGAGAUUCUGUACGGUGGACAAUACGAUAAGAGCCAAGGCUGGUACAUUGGCCCAACGAUUAUCAGGACCACAAACCCAAACCAUAAAUUCUUGACCACGGAGUUCUUUGGUCCUAUAUUGACCGUUUACGAGUACCAGGACUCCCAAUUCAAGGAUAUCUGCGAACUGAUAAAUGAAACCGGCGAGUAUGGUUUGACCGGUUCCAUCUUCUCCAGAGACCGUGACGCUAUAAUCUACGCCUCUGAGAAGCUAAGGUUCAGCGCCGGUAACUUCUACAUCAAUGACAAAUGUACAGGUGCAGUUGUAGCACAGCAGUGGUUCGGAGGUGCACGCAUGAGCGGUACAAACGACAAGGCCGGUGGGCCAAGCAUCCUAAGCAGAUUCGUGAGUAUCAGAAGCAUCAAGGAGAACAUGCAAGAAAUCACCGACUUCAGAUACCCAUCCAACUACGAGUAA